GCCCUAGAACAACUUUACCUUGCAGCCGGGGAACUCAUACUCGCCCGACCAGAAAUGAUUAAGGGCACACCUUCCACUCAACAACCGUCCACCACCCGCGCAUGUACAUAAUGCCAUUCUCACCCUCCAGUCCAGUUCCCCCCAAGAUCCGUCCGAAGAGUUAUCCAUGCCCAGUCGCCGAAUGCACUAAGCUGUUCACCUGCGAGCGCGGCAUCAGGGACCACCUUUCACUGUACAAGGAACGCUUUCAAGAUUACGCCUACAAGGCUUUGGAAGAGCAGUUCGCGUUCUGCUCCGAUCCUCCCGAAACAAAGGAGACUGAGACUACCCCCGUCAAGAAGGCCCCUCGUGAGAGCGGUCGGGAGAGUUUCAAUUAUCUCAGCGCUCAUUACGAGGCUUGGAAAAACAAAUACGGUAUGUAUUACUUUUUGUCUCCCCGGUCGUUCUUUUUUUUUUUUUUUUUCCCUUUCUCUCAGUUUUUCCCUUCAUCGGCUGCCGGGGGAAUGAGUUAUCAUGUGGAUGAGGAUGUGGGAUUGAUUUCGUGCUAAUUUGAAGGUGCGGCGGAUCCAGCUCAGAGCAACAAGGAGAGCUUCGAAUCCAGACAUCGGCAGGCUGCCCGCAAAUACCGUCUCAACAACAAGGAGAAGGUCCGACGUAUGGUUAAGCUUAGCAAGUUCCGAGCCAAGGCCAAAAAGAUGGGUUUCGGGGGUGACGAGGCCGAAGCCAAUGCUCAAGUCUGGAUAGCCGCAUGGGAGAAGAAGUAUGCCGAGUCCACGACAAAGUGCGAAACAGGAGAGGAGGACGAAGAGGAAAUUGAUGCGAUAACUUCCAUGCAACCCAUGCGGUCUAUGCAAUCCAUGUCACCAAUGUCGCCUAUGCCGCCCAUUGGACCCGUUCAAUCGAUGCCGUCUUAGGUCGUCAUCUUUUUUGUAAAGCGCUGAAGUUCCUGUGUGCUUUCGUUGCCCCUCUACCCUUCCCUCUUGGUUUCCUAAUUUUCUCCUCAGGUCCUGCUAUCGAAUACUCCCCCCCUCCCUGCUGUUUUUUCGCCAGUUUUUCAUAUGUUAUCUGAGUUCGGUUUCAUCGGUGGGGUUUAAUAAGGUGCACUUGUACUGUACGGGUCGGUCAUCUUUUAGUAGAUAAAACGGGGCUGCAGGCGGGCAGAGUCGAUGGAAGGCGGGAAAGUAUGGCUGGAGAUGUGUUCCUUUGGUUGCUUUUCUUUUUUAUUCCUUCCCCCCUCUCCAGCCGUGAUCAUGAGAGAAGUCCCAACACGCAUUACGACAUGAUGUCUCUCCUUUCAUUCCCCCUUUCCUACUUCAUCUGUAGAUGCUGAGAUCCCGAUCUCUUUGGGUUUCCGUCGUUUAUCACGCUUUAAUGGCUUUGUUUAUUCUAUGGGAUACCUGAGUCCUUUCAAAUCUUGUUUUCCUCUCAUUAUUCCACCCUAUUUCCACAAUUGCGGGGAGUUCUCGUCGUUUCCUCCAGCUCUAAAAUAUCACUUUCUCCACCCUCAUUUCCUGCCGCCUCCGUCUGCAAAAGAAGGAUAUUACUUACUUUUUCGACUUUUUAUUUUUUAUUUCUCAUUGCGCACGGCAUGGGCGGGUGAAAUUGGUAUACCGGCGUUUUUCCUUUUUAAUGAGAAAAGUCAUUGUUCGAGAAAAUUUCUUCCGUGAUACACGUUUUUUGUUGCCUCUGUUAUGACGGUUCUCUCCCUCUCUCUCUCGCCCGCACCUUUCUCCCCUUAUUCCUUCCUUCUUUUUCCCAUGGUCCGAAUACUUUUCAAUGCGGAGGAUCAAUGAUACAGAAUGACAUCCUGG